AUAUCUAAAAAAAAAAAAAAAAAGGAAAGAGAAUCCUCUACCCUCAUUUUGCAGAACCCUAAUUUCAUUCUAUGCUUCUCCUUUCCCAAUCUCUAGGGUUUAGUGGUUGACCCAGUUUCCUUCCUUCCUCCCUCCCUCUAAUGGGUGCCGUCGCCAUCAAUCGCAAGCGCACGGAGGAUUCUUUGAACUUCAAUCAACAAUCCCCAUCCCAAGCUUCGAAGAAGAAACGCAGAUUCUCCUUCGGAAUCGUCUCUCCAGACUCCAACAAGCCGUCUUCUUCCACAAUCUCGAGGAUCUCGAGGUAUCCCGAUGCAAAAGCUCCUCUCCGACGAGAGAUUCACGCCCCCAGCAGAGCCAGCCUCAGAUACGCUUUACCCAAGCCCAAGCCCAACGAUUACUCCUUCAAGAGGAGAGCUUUCGAUGCGUUGAGGUUCUUUACGAAAGAUAAAGAUGUUAUCGAUUUGGGCGAUGAAGAAGAAGAAGAGCCUGAGAUUGAGAUUGAGAUUGAGAUUGGAAAGGAAGCAGUUUGUGAAGAUUCAAGCGUUGAAGUUGUUGAGCCUCCUUCAAGUUCGAUGCUUGAUUCAAUGUCGUUAGUUAGACAAGAGGCUGCUUCGAGUCUUGAAGCCUAUAAGAAGCUUUUGCAGAGCGCAGAGAGGAGGAACUCAAAGUUGGAAGCUUUGGGGUUUGAGAUUUUGUUCAAUGAGAAGAGGUUGUCGCAGCUUCGUCAGUCUCGUCCUAAGCCUGUGGACAAGCCUCUCAAGAAGGUACCUGAUGAACCGUUUAUACCUCUCACAGAGGAGGAGGAGGCUGAAGUCUACAAUGCCUUUACUGGGAAAAAUAGAAGGAAAGUCUUGGUUACUCAUGCGAAUUCAAACAUUGAUAUUACUGGAGAAGUUCUACAAUGUCUUACACCAUCUGCAUGGUUAAACGAUGAGGUUAUCAAUGUCUAUCUCGAACUACUCAAAGAACGAGAAACUAGAGAGCCCAAAAAGUAUUUGAAGUGUCAUUUCUUCAAUACCUUUUUCUACAAAAAGCUGGUAAGCGACUCUGGUUAUAAUUAUAAAGCUGUUAGGAGAUGGACUACGCAGAGAAAGUUGGGAUAUGCUCUUAUUGACUGUGACAUGAUAUUUGUUCCCAUCCACAGGGGUGUGCAUUGGACCUUGGCAGUUAUUAACAUCAGGGAUCGCAAGUUCUUGUAUCUCGAUUCACUAAAUGGAGUUGAUUCCAAGAUUUUGAAUGCUCUGGCAAAAUAUUUGGGCGACGAAGCUAAGGAAAAAAGCGGAAAAGACAUUGAUGUUAGUUCGUGGGAUAUGGAAUUUGUUGAAGACCUUCCCCAACAACAAAAUGGGUAUGACUGUGGAAUGUUUAUGCUGAAGUACAUCGACUUUUUCAGUAGAGGGUUGGGUCUAUAUUUCAGCCAGGAACACAUGCCAUACUUCCGUCUAAGAACGGCUAAAGAGAUUCUGAGACUACGUGCUGACUGAAGUUGCUUUGGGCGCUUUUAUGCAUGUCAUACUUUAGGAGUGCUGUUUUAAUAUCCGUUGUUGAUUUGUUCAAGCUUUCUAAAUUUUAUACUCCUUUUAGGCAGUGAAAGUGAAGCAUUUAGCAGAGGAAAACAUUGAGCCAAGCCACGGAGCUCUUAGCCUUUUUUUUUUUUUUUUUUUUCUUUUUGUUGAAAUUGUAGAUGAAGCUGAUAUAAUGAAACCUUAGUUGUUUGUGAUGACCUGUGUCCUCUGUUUAAUGAGCAACACUAAAUUCACGUUUUCAUGUUACGGGUUAUAAAUUUUACAGCGAAUGAAGUCACAUUUGCGUAUUUAUAAUUUUUAUUUACAGUC